AUGACAGAUGCCGCCGUGUCCUUUGCCAAGGACUUCCUGGCAGGUGGAGUGGCCGCAGCCAUCUCCAAGACCGCGGUAGCACCCAUCGAGCGGGUCAAGCUGCUGCUGCAGGUGCAGCAUGCCAGCAAGCAAAUCACUGCAGAUAAGCAAUACAAGGGCAUUAUAGACUGUGUGGUCCGUAUCCCCAAGGAGCAAGGAGCCCUGUCCUUCUGGCGCGGUAACCUGGCCAAUGUCAUCAGAUACUUCCCCACCCAGGCUCUCAACUUUGCCUUCAAAGAUAAAUACAAGCAAAUCUUCCUGGGUGGUGUGGACAAGAGAACCCAGUUUUGGCGAUACUUUGCAGGGAAUCUGGCAUCAGGUGGUGCCGCUGGGGCUACCUCCUUGUGUUUUGUGUAUCCUCUUGAUUUUGCCCGUACCCGUCUAGCAGCUGAUGUGGGCAAAGCUGGAGCUGAAAGGGAAUUCAAAGGCCUCGGUGACUGCCUGGUUAAGAUCUACAAAUCUGAUGGGCUUAGAGGCCUAUACCAAGGCUUUAAUGUGUCCGUACAGGGUAUUAUCAUCUACCGAGCUGCCUACUUCGGUGUCUAUGAUACUGCAAAGGGAAUGCUUCCAGAUCCCAAGAAUACUCACAUCUUCAUCAGCUGGAUGAUUGCCCAGUCCGUCACAGCUGUGGCUGGCUUGACUUCCUAUCCAUUUGACACUGUUCGUCGCCGCAUGAUGAUGCAAUCAGGACGCAAAGGAACUGAUAUCAUGUACACAGGCACACUUGACUGCUGGAGAAAGAUUGCUCGUGAUGAAGGAGGAAAAGCUUUUUUCAAGGGCGCAUGGUCCAAUGUUCUCAGAGGCAUGGGUGGUGCUUUUGUGCUUGUCUUGUAUGAUGAAAUCAAGAAGUACACAUAA